AUGAAGGGCCCUCUCGCCACAGCUCUGCUGCUGGGCAGUGCUACGGCUCUCGGGUUUCCCAGCUUCGAAAACCAGCAGCAGCCUUUGGCCACAACGGGCGAUGCCGAUCUACAGGUCGACGAUGUCGAGUACAAAUCCAAACCGCUGGUCGACAGUGCUAGCCUCCAAAAGACCAUCAACGCUGACCGGUUGUUGGGCCACGCAAAGGCGCUCUUCGGCAUCGCUCAGGCCGGCAUCCCCGACUACGGCCAUCCGACGCGUGUCAUCGGUAGUGCUGGCCACACGGGCACGCUCGACUACAUUUACUCGAUCGUCUCGUCGUUGGGCGGUGGCAAGGGUGGCGAGGGCGGCUACUACCGCGUGUGGAACCAGACCUUCCCUGCCGUUACCGGCAAGGUGUACGAGGCACGUCUCGUGCUCAACGACUCUGUUCCGGCAUCGGCCCAGGCCAUGAGCCUCACACCGCCUACACACGACAACAAGCCCGUCUUUGGUGCUCUGGUGCUGGCUACGGGCACUGGCUGCGAAGCGUCUGACUACCCGGCUGCUGUGACUGGUGCCAUCACGCUGGUCCGUCGUGGCGACUGUCCGUUUGGUCAGAAGUCGGAGCUCGCCGGUGCUGCCGGCGCCGUGGCUGUCGUGGUCUACAACAGUGAGGAUGGCCCUCUCAGCGGCACGCUGGGCACGCCUACAGCCACGCAAGUUGCUACCUUUGGGCUGUCGGGCGCCGACGCGGCCCCUCUUGUGGCAGCGCUGAAAAAGGGCAGCUCUCUAGACAGCAUCGCCUACAUGGACUCGGUCGUCAGCACGAUCCACACGACCAAUAUUUUGGCCCAAACCGUUGAAGGCGACCCGGACAACUGCGUAAUGCUUGGUGGCCACAGCGACAGCGUGCCAGAAGGUCCCGGCAUCAACGACGAUGGGUCUGGCACCCUCUCGCUGCUAGAGAUUGCCACACAACUGACGCACUAUCGCGUCAACAAUUGCGUGCGCUUUGCCUGGUGGGCUGCCGAGGAGGAAGGCCUGCUGGGUUCCGAUUAUUAUGCCGCCACGCUGCCGCCGGCCGAGAACCUCAAGGUCCGCCUCUUUAUGGACUACGACAUGCUCGGUAGCCCCAACUUCGCCUACCAGGUCUACGACGCGCUCGACAGCGAAAACCCGGCCGGCUCCCAGGCCCUGCGUGACCUCUACAUCGACUGGUACACCGCUCAGGGACUCAACUACUCGCUCAUCCCCUUUGACGGCCGCAGCGACUACGACGGCUUCAUUCGUGCCGGUAUACCCGCCGGUGGAAUCGCCACUGGUGCCGAGGGCAUCAAGACUAAGGACGAGGCUGCGCUCUUUGGCGGCACUGCUGGCGACUGGUACGAUCCGUGCUACCACCAGCUCUGCGACGACGUCGCCAAUGUUAACCUGACCGCCUGGGAGCUUAACACGAAGCUUGUCGCCCACUCCGUCGCCACCUAUGCCAUCUCUUUUGACGGUUUCCCUAAGCGGACCCUGGACUCUGUGGCCGCUGCCUCUUCCACUUACGGCCGUGGCCACAAGUACCAUGGCGGCAAGCUGAUCAUGUAA